AUGAGCGACAUCAUCACCUCGAAGACACACGGUGUAUACCGCGACAUCAACCAUGAUCCCGUCACGUCUGUUCUCCCGGACGGGGACGUCCCCAUCUCGGACCAUCCGAUGGACGCAGAUGAGGAAGUGAUUAUGGCCCUGGGUUAUAGACAAGAAUUCAAGCGGGAGUUCUCCCUGUGGUCGACUUUCUGCGUCAGCUUUGCGGUUUUGGGCCUGCUCCCUUCAUUUGCCAGUACUAUGUACUAUGGAAUGGGAUACGCGGGCACGGCAGGUAUGGUCUGGGGUUGGAUAAUUGCCAUGGUCUUCAUCCAAUGCGUUGCAAUGGCUAUGGCUGAGCUGUGCUCUGCUAUGCCAACAAGUGGAGGGCUCUAUUAUGCUGCCGCCGUCUUAGCUCCCCCUGGCUGGGGCCCUUUUGCUGCAUGGCUCACCGGAUGGUCGAACUGGCUGGGACAGAUCACGGCUGCGCCCUCUGUCGACUACGCUCUGGCCGCGAUGAUUCUCGCUGCAGGGUCAAUUACCAACCCGGAUUAUGUCCCCACGAACUACCAGACCUUCCUUCUGACCACGCUCAUCUUGAUCAUCCACAGCGGCAUUAGCAGUAUGCCCACCGGGUGGAUUGCCAAGUUCAAUUCGUACGGAUCGACCUUCAAUAUGCUCGCUCUCAUCGUUGUCAUCAUACUCAUCCCGGCUGGCACAAAAAACAGUCCCAAGUUCUCAUCUUCCAAGGAGGUCUGGGGCACUAUUACCAAUCUGACCGAUUUCCCGGACGGUGUGGCUGUAUUGAUGUCAUUUUUGAGCGUUAUAUGGUGUCUGUCGGGAUACGACAGCCCUUUCCACCUGAGCGAGGAGUGCUCCAACGCUAAUGUCGCUGCUCCCCGUGCCAUCGUGUUGACUUCUAUCGUAGGGGGUACCUUCGGGUGGUUUCUUCAACUGGUCGUAGCUUACACCGUCCUGGACAUUAACGCGAUACUUGAUUCAGACCUUGGCCAACCGUGGGCUUCAUAUCUGCUCCAAGUCAUGCCUCGGAAGACUGCCCUUGCCAUCCUGGCAUUGACCAUUAUCUGCGGCUUCUUCAUGGGUCAGGGCUGCAUGGUGUCUGCAUCACGAGUCACCUACGCGUAUGCUCGUGACGAUUGUUUCCCCUUCUCGACGGUGUGGAAGAAGGUGAACAAGACCACCAAGACGCCGGUGAACGCGGUCGUGGUAAAUUGCAUACUGGGAAUUCUGAUGUGUCUGCUUAUCUUUGGUGGUGAUGUCGCUAUCGGUGCUCUCUUCUCUAUCGGCGCCAUUGCACAGUUCUUUGCGUUCGCCAUCCCCAUCUUCGUCCGGGUCUGUUUCGUUGGAAACCGCUUCCGUCGCGGCCCCUGGCAUCUCGGCCCCUUUGGAAAGCCCAUUGGCGCUGCAGGAGUGGCUUUUGUUCUGCUCAUGCUCCCGAUUCUUUGUCUACCCUCAGCCACCGGCAAGGAUCUCACCCUCGAUUUGAUGAACUGGACAUGCGUCGUCUAUGGCGGCCCGAUGUUCAUCAUCACUGUCUGGUGGUUCGUUGAUGCAAAGAAAUGGUUCAAGGGGCCCAAGGUCAAUGUCACUCAUAACAUCUAUGCAACAGAGCCAACUACCACAGUAGUCGAGGGCAUCGAAGGAGACCAGCCCGGUACGUUGGAAUCGACAGGGUCCGAUAUAGCUCAGGGGCUGGAUAAGAAGUGA